CACCUUAUUGGUCGAGAGCCCACUUCAAGUAAAAUGUUUGCUCGGAUAUCUACCGUUGCUGCUCGUUCGUUUUUUACCCCUUGUAGGGUAACACCAGUCUGUUAUUACCACGAAAAAGUCUUGGAUCACUAUGAAAACCCUAGAAAUGUUGGGGCCUUGGAUAAAAAUGAUGAAAAGGUGGGAACAGGGCUUGUCGGUGCUCCAGCGUGUGGUGAUGUCAUGAAACUUCAAAUUAAAGUGGAUGAUGAUGGUCGCAUUGUGGAUGCUAAAUUUAAGACCUUCGGCUGUGGCUCGGCCAUCGCUUCAAGCUCCUUGGCAACUGAGUGGGUAAAGGGAAAGACCGUUGAUGAAGCUGCCACAAUAAAGAAUACCGACAUUGCAAAGGAACUUAGACUGCCUCCCAUAAAACUGCAUUGUUCUAGUAAGUCGCUUUUAUAA